ACUCCCAGUCUCAGUGAGUUCAUCUGGGUAGGAGGAGGCAGAUUCCUGCCCAGCUUGAGCUCACCGGAGCCUCUUUCACUUUCCGAGAGCGUCGCGCCUGAAGGAGCUUUCGGAGCCUUUUUUUUUACUCUCUUCAGCUGGUUACAUAUAAAAGAAACGAAAAAUGGCCCAGUUUAACAAAGGCCCCGCGUACGGCUUGUCCGCAGAAGUCAGAAGCAAGAUUGCUCAGAAGUAUGACCCUCAGAAAGAGGAGGAGCUCCGCUACUGGAUUGAGGAAGUGACCGGCAUGCCGAUCGGAGAGAAUUUCCAGAUGGGGCUGAAGGACGGAGUCAUCCUCUGCGAGCUGAUCAAUAAACUACAGCCUGGCUCUAUAAAGAAAAUCAACCACUCCAAACUCAACUGGCACAAGCUUGAGAACUUGGGGAACUUCAUCAAAGCCAUUCUUGUGUAUGGCCUGAAGCCAAGCGACGUAUUCGAAGCCAACGACCUGUUUGAGAAUGGGAACAUGACUCAAGUCCAGACGACGCUGCUAGCCCUGGCCAGCAUGGCGAAGACCAAAGGUAUGGACACCAAGAUUGAUAUUGGUGUGAAAUAUGCAGACAAGCAAGAGCGCCGUUUUGAUGACGAGAAGAUGAAGGCUGGCCACUGUGUUAUUGGCUUACAGAUGGGUACGAAUAAAUGUGCCAGUCAGGCUGGAAUGACGGCCUAUGGCACCCGCAGACACCUUUAUGACCCAAAGACCCAAACAGACAAGCCCUACGACCAGACCACCAUUAGCCUGCAAAUGGGUACCAACAAGGGAGCAAGUCAGGCUGGUAUGGCGGCCCCUGGCACCAGGAGGGACAUCUACGACCAGAAAGUUGCUCUGCAGCCGAUGGACAACUCCACCAUCUCCCUGCAGAUGGGCACCAACAAGGCAGCGUCCCAGAAGGGCAUGAGUGUUUACGGGCUUGGCAGGCAGAUUUACGACCCAAAAUACUGCCCUUCUACCGCAGAGGCUAGCGUCCACUCUAACGGCAGCCAGGGCACCCGCACCAACUCCGAAAUCAGCGACACUGACUACCAGGCUGAGUACCAGGGAGAAUACCAACAUGAGUACCAACCCCAGUACCAGGAUGAGUACCGGGGCCACUAUGACCAGGGCAUUGAUUAUUAGAUAGCUGGAGCUCAGUGUUCAAGGAUUAGUGCAGUCAGAAGAAGCUAAUGUUGCUAACAGUAAAUGAAAACGAACAGCCGCUGGUCAGCAUGGCGCAGAUGGUGUCAUGGUAAUUGGUGGCUUCUAGCUUCCAUUCGCUGUUAGUGAUAUUAGUGACAUGGAUGGUCAAGGUAUUCCUUUAAGAGAUGAAUGUCUUUUUUUUUCCCUUUCUUUUUCUGGUUCUCUAUUUCAACAGAGCAAGAUUUCUUUCCUUGCUGGCCUUAAUGUUUAAUGUUUCAAGUUUUCCCCAGUGCAGAGGGAGCAAAAUGCCACCGUAAUAAUCAUUCCUCUUUAGAUUAUCAGUAUUUUCUUUUUAGUUAUGCAGAAAACUGUGUCUGUCUUAUUAUGUGAACGCUUUGGAAACAUUCUGGUUCUUUUUAAAAUGCCUUUUUUGUUUUAAAGUGUUCUUUUUAAUGCCAAGCAUGACCGUUAGCCUUCUCCACGGUCUUUAUCCGGACUCCUCCUUGUCGUCCUGUAAUUUGAUUUGGUUUUAUUGCGGGACGUGCAGCUUGUUGAGUGUCGUGUCUCUCUCUCUCUGUGUUGAGCCGAAAUCCCUGAACUCAACCACAGCGUCCGAAGGACAGUGGGAGGGGUGAGAGUGGCAUUUCCCAAAAGGUUGUGUGGUUCCCAUGCUAGGCCAGGGACCAGUCUGUUGCUGUUAGUUUUAAAUGAGCUUAAACUUUAACCCUUUAACGGGGAACUACAUUCGUUUUUCAAAUGUUCAGCACAGGCCAAAUGGUGGGAUGUAAACAAAGUCACCCAGAAUGGUUAGAUGUGAAUUAGUGCAUUGUAACUUAUAGACUCCGAUUUCUUUACAGUGGUGGUGAUAGGAACCAGACAUCACCAUGUCUACAGCACAUAUAUAACCAUUUUAUUUACUAUUCAAAACCACCAGUGAACCUACACAUGUACCUACAAGCUUUGUGUUGCUGAUGAUGAUAAAAUCUGGAAAAAUCUGUGUUCUUGAGAACUAUUUUUGCUAUUAAAUAUGUUUUAAGGCCAAAACUUUCUCAAAACUAUUGUAAAACAAUGUCUCAGACACCAGGCAGUGUAAUAACAUAAUAGCAGUGUCAUUGUUUUCUUUCUCUAUAAUGAACCACUUCACAUCAAACCAUUGUUUACAUCUUAACCAUUAAAUUAAUCUGAACUUCUGAAUAAUCUGUGAAGUUCCCCUUUUAAACUGUAGGCAUAUUAUUGAGUCAUUAAUCCUUAGACUUACUAUUUAGCGAUUUACUGAGUUGUUUAGCGGCUACUGUGAUAUGUAAUUCAUGUAUGUUAUGAGAUUGAGGGAGGAAAGUCGGAUCUUUCUAGUUUAAGGGGUUAAUUUGGCUUUUUAAUGACUUGUCCAGGUAGUGCAUUUAUUAUUUGUGCCAUAUUCUCAUGUUUUAGAAGACUCAGCUUUCUUUGUCCUGAUGUAUUUAUUGCCAUGGUCACUCAAGAGAGACCCACAGUCCUGUGGACGUAUUUUUUAUGAAUAAAUUUUUACAUUUUA